AUGUCAGCUGAGCCGAACGAAGUCAGCACGGACGAUGUGGAUGUCAUCCUUCGCGCAUGUGAUGAGGGUAAUGUGAAAUACUUGGCGGAAUUUAUAAUCAGUGGUGGUGAGCUUAGAGAUCUGAUUGAUUCAAAGGGGCGAAAUGCCCUUCAUCACUGUGUUGAGUGCUCCAACGAAAGCAAUCGGACUAACCUAGAAACUGCGCAUUUACUGGGACAGUUAGAUCGGAUCAAGUGUGCCAAGAUAAUAAUGAAAACCAGCCCAGAAUUGAUGGACUGUUGCGACUCUGAGGGUUGGUCUCCACUUCAUCUGGCUGUGGUACAUAAUGAUUUGGAUUUUCUUCGUGCAAUGUUGGAGUUCGAGUCAUCUCUCGCCGUCAGAACUUACAUUCCUAACAACUCAACCGGAGUACAAAAUAAUGUACCGAUCCUUGGUCGAACUGCGAUACACUUCGCGGUGUUGCAUCAAAAGCUGGAAUCGCUGGCUGUUCUCGUUCAGGCACAUGUCAAAUCAUGGAUAAGUUUUCUGGAUUAUCAAGGGGCAACAGCGCUUCAUUACGCUGUCCAGUUACCUAGUCCUAGGGAAGAGGAGGCUAUCCAGUUACUGGUCAACGAAGGGCAGGCAGAUAUAAACGAAGUUGAUUCGCAUGGGAGAACACCACUUAUUUGGGCUGCAACCAUUGAUGCUCCACGAGCUGUAGCGUUACUGUUGCGACUUGGUGCAAAGUUAAAUAUCAGAGAUGAAUGUGGCCUAACGGCUCUGCACUGUGCAUCUUCUAGAGGGAACGCUGAAGUGGUUCAGUGUCUUUUAAAUUGGAUCACAACUGCAAACAUGGAUGACCUUUCGCAAAUUGCGACUUUUCGAGAUGUUCCGGACAAAGAUGGAUGUAGCCCUCUGUUUUACUCCGUGACUUUGGGACAUAACAACGUGACGAGUGCUUUGUUGGCAGCUGGUGCCAACGUGCACACAGUUGAUCGGAAAGGCCGAACGUUGGCGCAUUGCUUGGCCCGAAUACAGGUAUCAAGGAGUGAAGCGGAAGACCACUCAAUUAUUUCGCUACUCAGUAACUUGGUGUCAGCUGGUAUGCAGUUGUGGAACGUCAACCAGUCUGGAGCGACCCCACUACAUGAAGCCUGCUUAUUGCGAAACGCACCUUUAGUUUCGGGGCUGACUAAUUAUCCAGGAUUUGAUGAUGCCGUACAUGCUCGCGAUGCACAAGGACACACACCUCUGCACCUGGUAGUCGCUGCUUCUUGGAGUGAAGAUUCUGCCGGUUUGGAUAUAUGCAGGUGUCUGCUGCGACACAAGGCGGACGUGAAUGCUACAACCGAAUUACCGCAAGGUGGAACAGUGACCGCACUGGAUUUGGCAAUCAUGAAUGAAACUGAAGAAGGUGUGAGCAAUGGACAGAUGCACAAGUUGUUGGAUUCUUUUGGAGCAAAGAAAGCGGAGGAUCUCACGAAACCCACAGAGAAUGUUUUGAAACAGGUAGUAGACCACAAAGAAGAAGCCCAAAUCCUUUCGAACGAGAUAGAUCCGACCGCCAGAUCCACACUGAUGGCACAAACAAGCAAGCCAACCAGCACUUCUCCAACCUCUUUCGCGGUAACCGAGUCGGAACUUGGUGCACAUCCUGCCUGCGAGAAGUCGUAUUCCGGUGACAAAAAGCCUUGUGUUCGAUCAACAAAUAAACUCCGGGCAGGAAGGGAAACAAAAAAAUCUAGACGUUCAAGAGCUUUUCAGACUAACAAUGAAGCUACCCGAACGCCACUAUCAGAAUUGUAUCCCAAAAACUCUGAUUCGGAGGUACACCGUGGACGCUCACGGACUAAGAUGCCGCUGAAGUCGAAACCAUCCUGCUCACAUACAAACCCCAAAACUACUUGUAGGUCCUCUGGAAGCACUACCUCCAGCUCAGUUCGGGUGGCUACACCAACUUCGAGUGAUAUGGACCAUGCAUGCAAUCAAAUCAAUCAGAGGCGGAGCAGGUCCAAUUUGGAUCACUGUAGACGACAGAGGCAACAGGAACAAGGUUUACCUGUGAAUCAGGAUCCGAAAACUAACACAAGGAAUCUUGAGCGUAUUCUACCAAUAAUGUUAGAUAGAUACAUGCAUCGUCAAGACUGGGAGUGUUCGCCAUUGACUGGCCGAUACAGGAUGGCAAAACCUACCCUUUCUCCUUACCUGGUACCACUCGUACCCUCCAUGAAAGGAUCACUGAGUCACUCAUCAAUUCAGUCAGCAGAUCAACGUUCACAUCGGCGAACUGGAUCAGGGACACCUUGUUAUCCUGAUAGAAAGACACAUUCUUCUUACUCCGGUGAACAGCAACCCAAAUCUCAUCAGAAAAACAAGCAUGAAGCCUUUGGGUGCAGCAGCAAUAAGUCACUUGGUCAGGCGCGAACAAAGUCAGAAUACUAUAAGCUACUUCAGGACUUGGCUAAUCUUGAAUUACAGCGACAUCAUCCCCAUAAACUUGUUCCGAUAAAGCCUAUCCAAACUCCAAGGGAAUUCAGAAAGAAACCUAGUGAUCACAUUACGAAGUACAGCUCUGCAAUGGGGGGCGAAUUAUCUCCAGCUGGGCGAAGGGAAGUUUCUCUCAGCCCAGAGUUAGAUAUAGUGGAAGAUAACUCACUAAAUCGAAAGCAAGGACGAUGUGGUAGGAGAACUCGAGAUAAAAAUAGCUAA